GGGCCGCUGCUGAGCCAGCUGCGCGGCCUGCACUGCGCCGUGCUCAUCGGAGAAACGGGCUCAGGAAAGACCACUCAGAUCCCUCAGUACCUCUACGAAGCGGGAAUCGGCCGCCAGGGAGUCAUCGCGGUGACGCAGCCUCGCAGAGUAGCAGCGAUAUCUUUAGCCACCAGAGUCUCAGAUGAGAAGAAGACAGAGCUGGGGAAACUGGUCGGCUACACCGUGCGCUUCGACGAUCUUACGUCCGAUGAAACUCGGAUCAAGUUUCUAACGGACGGGAUGCUCCUCCGCGAAGCUAUUGGGGACCCCAUGCUGCGCAAGUACAGCGUUGUCAUCCUGGAUGAAGCCCACGAGAGGACCAUCCACACUGAUGUGCUCUUCGGGGUGGUGAAAGCCGCCCAGAAGAAGCGAAAGGAACUGGGCAAACUGCCGCUAAAAGUGCUCAUCAUGUCAGCUACGAUGGACGUGGACCAGUUCUCCCAGUACUUCAAUGGAGCUCCUGUUCUCUAUUUAGAGGGCAGGCAACAUCCCAUUCAGAUCUUUUACACCAAGCAGCCUCAGAGCGAUUACCUACAAGCAGCACUGGUGUCAGUCUUCCAGAUCCACCAGGAAGCACCUUUUUCUCACGACAUCCUGGUAUUUCUGACUGGUCAGGAAGAGAUCGAAGCAAUGACUAAAACCUGUCGAGACAUUGCCAAGCAUCUCCCUGAUGGCUGCCCACAGAUGGUGGUGAUGCCUCUUUAUGCUUCUCUGCCCUAUUCUCAACAGCUCCGAGUCUUUCAAGCUGCCCCCAAGGGUCAUCGCAAAGUGAUCCUCUCCACAAACAUUGCAGAAACCUCCAUCACCAUCCCAGGGAUAAAAUAUGUUGUGGACACAGGCAUGGUCAAAGCAAAAAAGUACAACCCUGAAGUUGGUCUGGAAGUGUUGGCAGUCCAGCGCGUGUCGAAGGCCCAGGCUUGGCAACGCACAGGGAGAGCAGGACGAGAGGACAGUGGGCUCUGUUACCGGCUCUACACGGAGGAUGAGUUUGAGAAGUUUGACAAAAUGACAAUACCUGAGAUACAGAGGUGUAACCUGGCCAGUGUGAUGCUGCAGCUCCUGGCCUUGAGAAUUCCCAACGUACUCACCUUUGACUUCAUGUCCAAACCGUCUCCUGAUGCAAUUCAAGCAGCCAUUGAGCAGCUGGACCUGCUGGGGGCUGUGGAACGAAAGGAAGACCAGCUUGUCCUAACUCCCCUGGGAAAGAAGAUGGCAGCGUUUCCACUGGAACCAAAGUUCUCUAAAACCAUCCUUCUGUCCCCUAAGUUCCACUGUACGGAAGAGAUUCUGACCAUCGUAUCGCUGUUGUCUGUGGACAGUGUCCUCUACAAUCCCCCAGCCCGGCGGGAUGAAGUGCAGUCUGUCAGGAAGAAGUUCAUCUCCAGUGAAGGGGACCAUCUUACCUUGCUCAACGUGUACAGGGCCUUCAAAAAUGUCAGUGGCAACAAGGAAUGGUGCAAAGAGAACUUUGUCAACGGCAGGAACAUGAUGCUUGUGUCAGAUGUCAGAGCUCAGCUCAGGGACAUUUGUGUAAAGCUGUCGAUGCCCUUGGAGUCGUCCCGCUCGGACACGGGAAACAUCCGCUGCUGCCUGGCUCACAGCCUCUUCAUGAACGCGGCCGAGCUGCAGCCGGACGGCACCUACAGCACCGUGGACUCCCACCAGCUGGUAGCCAUCCACCCCUCCUCCGUCCUCUUCCACGGCAAGCCGGCCUGCGUGGUGUACAACGGGCUGCUCCACACCAACAAGUGCUACAUGCGGGACCUGUGCGUGGUCGAUGCCGACUGGCUCUACGACGCAGCCCCCGACUAUUUCCGCAGGAAGCUCCGAACAGCCAAGAACUGACCUGCGGGUCGCCCCCAGGCGCGGGAUUUUUCGACUCCCUCAAUAAGACUAUUUUUUGGUUUGUAAUGAAUGUAUGGGAAUGGUAGAGCUUUGCCUUGUAAAUCAGGUAAAAGACCGUAGAGGAAAACGGUGGCUCCGAGAGAGCCAGACCUCACA